ACCUUUAUUAAGGACAACAGCAGCAUCUUCAAGGUUCCUUCAUCACUAUUCAAGGAUGUGGAGCUCAGCGCAAUAUGUGCAACAAUCAUUAGUGAUCUUCUUUCAUCAAUCCAAGGUGGCAUGAAGUCCAAGUUGCUCUCAUCUAUCCAAAAAUGCCUGAGCAUAAUGGACACAUCAAAAUUGCUUGCUCAUGGCUGUAUAGAGGUUGAUGCUGCUCAUUGGAAUAGGGUCGCUUUUUUGGCUCUCUACUCAGACUCACUCAUACCAUCUCUCCACUUGGCUGUCCAUGCUAGAAUCAGACCAAAGCUCGGCAUUGACAUCAACAGCAUCGAGCACAAGUUG